AUGUCGACAUCAUCAUCAUCAUCGAAAGGAGAUUUCAAUGUUGCAGGGAAGUAUCGUCUGGUACGAAAGAUCGGCAGUGGAUCUUUCGGGGACAUAUAUUUGGCAAUUAAUAUCUCAAAUGGCGAGGAAGUAGCAGUGAAACUUGAAUCUGUCAAAGCCAGGCAUCCACAACUUUUAUAUGAGAGCAAGCUUUACAAACUACUUUCUGGAGGUGUUGGGAUUCCACACAUAAGAUGGUUUGGUCAAGAGAAAGACUUCAAUGUUCUGGUCAUGGACCUGCUAGGACCAAGUCUCGAAGACCUCUUCAAUUUUUGCAGCCGCAAGUUUACCUUGAAAACAGUCUUGAUGCUAGCUGAUCAGAUGAUAAAUAGGAUUGAAUACACACACAAUAAAAACUUCAUCCAUCGAGAUAUCAAGCCAGAUAACUUCCUUAUGGGCAUUGGCAGACAUUGCAACAAGGUUUUUAUAAUUGACUUUGGCUUGGCCAAAAAAUACCGGGACAGCAGAACCCGGGCACACAUACCUUACAGAGAGGACAAAAACUUGACAGGCACAGCAAGAUAUGCCAGCAUCAAUGCACAUCUGGGCAUCGAGCAAAGCCGUCGAGAUGACAUGGAGUCCUUGGGCUAUGUUCUCAUGUACUUUAACCGAGGGUCACUGCCAUGGCAGGGUUUAAAGGCAGCAACUAAAAAGCAAAAGUAUGAACGAAUCAGUGAGAAGAAAAUGUCCACCCCAGUGGAGACUUUAUGUAAAGGUUUUCCUGCAGAGUUUUCCAUGUACCUCAACUACUGCAGGGGUCUUAGGUUUGAGGAAGCCCCUGACUACAUGUACCUGAGACAGCUCUUCAGAAUCCUCUUUCGCACUCUCAAUCAUCAGUAUGAUUAUGUUUUUGACUGGACAAUGCUUAAACAGAAAAAUUCCUCAGCGGCAGCGGCGGCGGCAGCAGCAGCAACCACCGCUGUGGGUGUCCCUGCCAAUGUGGCUGGUGGUG